AUGAGUAUAUUACAAAAGGCAGGGUUGUGUGGGGCCAAGUGGGUAAAGAAGGUGUUCUACAAGAUUCCGAUUGUGAUUGUGUCAAGUGGUGUACAAUACGAAAUAUUUGUGAUAGGGUUGGACGAAGACAUGCAGAUUUCCGGAGUCGAUGACGGUGGGGGUACUUCUACUUUGAUUCCUGUCGUUGCACCUUGUUGUCUGUUGGCUGCACCUCCAUCUGUUCCACCACCGACAGCUAGGUCCCUUAGUUUGAUUACUGGUCUUUUUGGUGAUGGUGAGCCAGAUCAUGUUGAAAAGGUGAUGCCGGAAGAUGAUUCGGACAAUGAGCCCGAUCACAUAUUGGAGGAUAGUGAGGAGGAUACUCCGGGGGGAGGGGGCACCAGCACGUCAGGGGCCAUCCAGCUUUGGGUCGCACCAACAACCGCCACAUUUCUCCGCAUUGAACUUGGAAGCAGUGGGCCAACUAAGGAAGAAGCUGUGUUAAGUGUUAAGGAUUAUAGCAUCCGUCGUGGAGUUCAGUAUCGGGUGAUGGAGUCAGAUCAUCUGAAGUAUCAUGAGAGAUGCAAGGAGUUUGGUAACGGCUGCACGUGGAUGAUUGGCAUCACACGUCGGCCUAGUUAUAGGAAGGUGUGGAUGGCAAAACAGAAGGCAGUUGCAGAUCUACGGGGAUUGGAAAGAGUCGUAUGCCGAGUUGCCUCUCGUUGGAUCCUUGGGGUGCAAGCAACGAUGGAGGGAACCGUUGCAUUGUUGAAGACUUCUCCAGUGAGUGUAGGUGAUCAGGUUAAUGAGUCUACGGAGUACUUUCACCAUUUUUUCUGGACAUUCCCUCUAUGCAUUGAGGCAUUUAGGCAUUGCAAGCCACUAGUAAGCAUUGACGGUACUCAUCUGUAUGGGAAGUAUGGCAGGACUUUGCUUUUGGCUAUUGUGCAAGAUGGAAACUCGAAUAUCUUGCCCGUUGCAUUUGCGCUUGUGGAGGGGGAGAAUGCAGAGUCGUGGGCCUUUUUCUUAUCCUAA